GUAUCGAGUAUAGUGGGAAGAGCAGAGGUUUUAUCAGCUGCUUUCUUUUUGAUGUCCAUGAUUGCCUUCUGCAACUGUUACAAGAUGGUACAGAAAUCUGUCGUUUCAAAAUGGUUGGCCGUUACUGUUAUCUGUGCUACGUUUUCUCUUCUUUCUAAAGAACAAGGCAUCACUGUCUUGCUAGUUUGCACCGUUUAUCAUCUGCAGCAGAAGUGGAGAGAGAGCCAUUCUUUCAGGGAAAAUCUUCAAAUUGCUAAGGAAAUUUUUAAGGAUAAAAGAUUUAUUACUUCGCUAGUAACGAUUUUGGUACUCUUGGGAUUACGAAUUUUGAUGUUAUGUGGAUCCAUGCCAAGAUUUUCCGAUCAGGAUAAUCCUGCUUCGUUUUCUCCUUCUUUCCUCACACGGUUUCUAACAUACACCUAUCUGGUAGCUGUCAACUUUUGGUUGUUGCUAUUCCCACUUCGAUUAUCUUACGACUGGCAACUAGGAAGCAUCAGUUUAAUCGAGAGUUUUAAUGAUAUAAGGAAUCUUGCAACUUUAUUUUUUGUAACCGGAUUAUUUAUUGUCGUCGGAAAAUCUUUUUAUGUCCAGAGAUGCGAAAGAGAAUCUUUAGGAUUAUCUCUCUCAGUUUUGAUAUUCUCCUUCCUACCUGCCACAAAUCUAUUUACUACUGUUGGCUUCGUAAUAGCAGAAAGAGUGCUAUAUAUACCCAGUAUUGGAUUCUGCAUGGUAGUCACGUGUGGCUUGAAGAGGAUCAAACCACGUGGUCUUCGGAUGGUAUGGACCUGUAGGCUAGUCACGUGUUUUUUGGUAGCUCUUUUCGUUCUGAGAACGACCAAGAGAAAUCAGGAUUGGCUCACCAGGGAGUCUCUAUUCAAAUCGGGACUUUCCACAUCUCCAAGCAAUGCCAAGGUUCAUUAUAAUUACGCUAACUUACAAAUGGACAUUGGGAAUAAAGAAUUGGCAAUAAAACAUUACAGAAUAGCAUUAAGUUUGUGGCCUAAUCAUGCAAGUGCCCAUAACAAUUUAGGCACACUUCUUCCGGAUAAGAAGGAAGCAGAAAUUCAUUUUAAGAAAGCAAUACAGAUCAAUCCUUAUCAUUCGAGAGCUUAUUACAAUUUGGCUGUUACUUACAGUCAGUUGGGUAAAACUGAAGCGGCACUUAAUCUUUUGAGAAGAGCCCUGAUGUUGGAUCCUCUGUUUUCUGAAGCAUAUUCCUCUCAGGCAUACCUUUACUCUAUCAAAGGAGAAAAUACAAUUGCCGAAUGUAUCCAUCGCAAUAUAAUUAAACUAGAACCCGAAAAUGCUAAUUACCUUAAUAAUUAUGGAAGUUUCCUUCAUAAAUUAGGACGAAUUGAAGAAGCUUUGGAAUUAUAUCAAAAAGCAUUAAAAUAUCAACCGAAUCAUUUUAAAGCCCUUUUAAAUGUAGCAAGAAUUAUGAAAACUUUAGAGAAAACUCGAGAAGAAGAAAUUAUUUAUAAAAGAAUUUUAGAAAUAACAGAAGAUCCAACUGUUAUGGAUAAUCUUGGUUUAUUGUACAUCAGCACAGGACGCUUCAAAGAAGGCAAAAUAAUAUACGAAAAGCUAAGAAAUAAGUUUUCCAACUAUAUUUACGGGAAAAUACAUUUUGUGAGUCAAAAUUUCAUUUUUUAUUUGUCAAAAUAUAAAGUAUUAAAAGAACCGUUUAAUAACGAUAAAAAUUACGUAUACACCUAUAAUAAAUUUUGUCAAUGGAGAUUGUCAAUGGCUCUCAAGUAUAUCUCCAAAGCAUUGACUUUGUGUGGUAAGAGUGAUAAGAAGUGUGCACAACUUUACAGCUACCACGGUGAUAUAUUGAAAGAUAUGAAGAAUUUGGAAGCAUCAGCACAGAGUUACUCUACAGCUUUAAACAUGGAUCCAAAUUUAUCACACGCUCACAUCAAUUUGGCAGUUAUACAGCAUUUACAGGGUAAUUACAGCGAAGCGUUAUAUCAUUACCAGAAGGCUUUUAAUUUGGAGCCAGAUAAUAAUAUCUUAUUGGAGAAUAUGCAGAAAUUAAAGAAAAAUCUUUUGACAUCAACUAAGAGUUGCCAAAUGCGAUAAUAAUUAUUCAAGUAGAUUAUUAAUUGUACUUUAGGGACCAGUGAAAAGAUUCGAUAUUGUGUGAUUAGAAAGAGUUAGAAAAGGGGGGUUUAACUAACCUUUAUCUCAGGCUUGGAGAGCAUCUGCUCAGUUAUAUACAAGUGAUACACCACUAAAUUAUGAAGUAUCUUUCAGCUAAAGUACUCUAUAAUAAGCUGUCGAUCCUUUAACAUAUCAAAAGAUUUUGAAAACAUCUUUAAAAGCUUCUUAAUGAGGUGGCAUAUGUCUAGUUAGAGCACUUAGAAGUGCAUUGUAUCGUGUAUGAGUGUUGUAAAGUAUAAUUUAUGCUAUAUUAUCUCGGCUAAUUAUGACAAUCCUCAGAAAAGUAAUUAGUAUUUAUUAAAAAGGGGGAGAAAAAAAAAGAUGUUAAUUAAUUUCUCAUUUGCUUUUAUA